ACUUCUAAACCAGAUGCAGGAACUCAAGUGGGCAGCCUAGGAGGAUGAUUCAUAGUUCUUUCAGUGGUGUAGCCUUAAAUAUACGUAGUGUCUCCUGCAAACACAUACACACACACGUAACAUUGAGGACUGUGAACCACGCAGGCAUAAUAUACGCGACAUAGCCCACAUAACCCUGGGGAUGAGGCUGAGAUAUGGGACGUGACCUUAACAGCCUCCCUUUCCCCUCACGCAGGAAUGUCUGACGGGGCAGCGUGGCGAUCUUCGAAGAGGAGGAGGAUAAGGGGGAGCGAGGUGAAGAAGGAUUCAGAUCGUCUUUAUCUAGAGGGCAGUUCGGACGAUUUCGUGGAUUUGUCUGACGGGGCGAGGCGGCGAUCACCGAAGAGAAGGAAGAAGUCUGCGACGAAUAAGGACUCUGAUCGUCUUUAUCUCGAGGGCAGUUCGGAUGAUUUCGUUGACGCAGACCAACUAUCUUCAAGCGGAACUUGCUACGGAAAUCGACCCAAGUAUGCGUAUACCUACAAUGACGACUUCUUAUCAAUGGGAUUCACGUGGACUGGUGACCGUGAUUGUCCUAAGCCAAAGUGUAUCGUGUGCCACAAGAAGUUUGCGAACUCUUCCAUGGUUCCAUCCAAACUGAGGAGCCACUUGAAGACGAGCCACAGCUACAUCGCCAGCAAAGGUGCGGCGUAUUUUGAAAAGCUCUUGAAGUCGCAAAACAAGCAGAGUCAGUCCUUUGUUGGGAGGUUCACCGUCAAUGAGAAAGCUCAGGAGGCGAGUUAUCUAAUAGCAGAACUUAUCGCCCAGAAGAGGGAAAGCUACACACUGGGUGAGGACCUGAUAAUGCCGGCGUGCAAGAUAAUAGUGAGCAAAGUCCUCGGAGAAGACGCAGUGAGGGAGAUUGAAAACAUUCCCCUCUCAAACACUGUGGUAAGUCAACGUGUUAGGGACAUGUCGCGUGAUGCCGAGGAAGUCUUGUGUGAGAAACUAAAAACCAGCAUUUUCUCUGUCAAUGUCCACACGUCAACGGAUUCUGCCAACAAAUGUCACGUUAUAACAUUUGUCAGAUACGUCAAUGAUGGUGAAAUACAAGAAAACUUUUUAUGUUACAAGGAACUACCCGAAACAAACCAAUUAAAGGAUCUAUUCCACAUACUGUCUUCCUACAUGACGACAAAAGGUUUAGCAUGGAAGAACUGCGUGGGUGUCUGUGCCUAUAGUGCCCCGUCAGCGGUCAGCGCCAUCAGAACCUUCGCCACCCUCGUCAAGCAAGUCAAUCAAAGCAUCAUGACACACUGCUACCUCCACAGAGAGGCGCUGCUUUCAAAAACUCUUGGCCACGACAUGAAAGAAGUGUUGGACGACGCUACAAGAAUCAUCAACUUCAUCAAGCAUAACCCGGCUCACUCCCAGGUGUUCAAAGAGCUGUGCAAAAAUAUGGACAACGAGUGCGUCAACCUCCUGCUGCACACGGAAAGCGAAUGCGUGAAAAUAGUCCUCGACCGGUUGUUCCAGUUGCAAGAUCCAUUACUCGAGUACUUCAAAGAAAACGGUGACUCGGAUUUUGCGAACUGCUUUGAGGAUGAAGAAUGGAUGCUGAAACUCGCCUAUCUAGCGGACAUCUUCUCUCACAUCAACCACCUGAACGAGUCUCUGCAAGGCCCCGCGGAAAACAUCUUGACUGCCAGUGACAAGGUUCUUCGAUUCAAACAUAAACUGAACACUUGGAAACACAGCGUUGCCAAAAGAGACCUUGACAUGUUCCCACUUCUCUACGGGGUGUUGAGUGGGGAAGGCUAUCAGCAAAUCUCCAGACACAUUGUACCCCACUUGGAUGAACUACGGAGCAAAAUCCAGUACUAUUUCCCUUCCAUUUCAACACAAACGUAUACCUGGGUGAUGGAUCCUUACUCUGAAACCGCCGCCCAGCCAGGAAGCUUGACCAAAACAGAAGAGGAGGAACUGUGUGAGCUUCAGUCUAGUCAAGCACUUCAGAAGAGAUUUACGGAGCGAUCUCUGGACCAAUUCUGGGUUUCUGUGCAAAAAAAGUACCCUGCCCUUCAUAGGAAAGCCGUGAACAUAUUGCUGCAGUUUUCCUCUUCCUACGCAUGUGAGAAAGCCUUUUCCUGUUUGGCAAGACUCAAGAGCACAGAGAGGAAUAGGUUCGUUUCAGUUGAAGACGAAAUCCGUGUGUCCUUAUCCAAAGUUCGGCCCAGGAUUGAGUCUUUAUGCAGCAAAAAAGCAUGCAGUACCUCCAAGUCAAAGUAAUGUCUUCUAUUAAUAACCUAAAACUAAAUAACACGGUCUUAUCCCAAAUACUGAUCGGUCUAAUGGUGUGACCCAGAAUUGAGUCUGUGGUCGGUAUUAUAAUUAAGACACUUUCGAUUCUUUCAUCACCUGUUUCUAAAGGUCAAAGAGGGGAUCAAUUGGUUCUAAUGAGUCUUUUCUUAGGUUCACGGUAUAGAAGAAGGGUCAGAGUACCACCAGGCUCAUAAAACUGCUUCUGGAAACGCCCGAAACUCCUAUGAAAGCCUUGGCAAAUAUGUGAACUGAGUACUCGGGCGACGAAAUAUUUAAAAAUACGACCCUUUGUGCAACAGAAAAACAGGCAAAACCUCCUAAUCCAAGUAAUGCCUUCUAUUAAUAACCUUAACCUAAACAACACAAUCUUAUCCCAAAUACUGUGUUCCUAUUGGGUUUGAUCGGUCUCAUGAUGGUGCUUAGAAAUUCUGUGAUAACAUUGUCAAUAAAUUCCGUGUUGCAAAUACUAUUACUUAAGAUAAAUUUAUACCUUUAUCAAAAUGAAUUCCCAAAUACGUACUGUGUUCCUAUUGGGUUUGAUCGGUCUCAUGGUGCUUAGAAAUUCUGUGAUAACGUUAAUAAAUUCCAUGUUGCAAAUACUAUUACUUAAAAUAUAUGUAUAACCUUUAUCAAUAUGUCUUCCACAGCCUAUGACUUUCAGAAAUAAACGUGGUCUCUUCUUAGGCUAUUCAGUAA